UUCGCGAGCGUCAUCUAUCUUUCAAUUUUCGAUAAGUAACAAGGACGCAUCAAGCAUCAAGUGGAACGUAUCUUCGAUGAAUAUUAGACAUAUUAGAUUCGUUGGCUUUUGUCCGCAUACAUAAUGACAUUCAAUUUAGCUGCCUUUUCAUAUAUCGUAGCAUUAAUUGGUGACGCAUUUUUAAUAUUUUUUGCGAUAUUUCACGUAAUCACAUUCGAUGAAUUAAAGACUGGAUAUAAAAAUCCGAUUGAUCAGUGUAAUAAUUUAAAUCCGUUAGUUCUUCCAGAGUAUAUAUUGCAUAUUGCGAUCAAUUUUUUCUUUUUAAUCAGCGAACAAUAUUUUUCACUGUUUAUCAAUAUUCCGCUGAUAGCCUAUCAUGUAUGGCGUUAUAUGAACAGGCCUUUGAUGACAGAAUCUGGCCUGUACGAUCCUACAAGCAUAAUGAAUGCCUAUGAUUUGUCCAUUUACCAAAGAGAAGGAUGGGUUAAACUAGCAUUUUAUCUACUUUCAUUUUUCUACUAUUUGUACGGAAUGAUCAACUCGUUGAUUAAUUAAAACUAGUAAUUGUCACGAAAUUAAUUUUAUUCAUAAAAAAUCAAUUUUCAAUCUUUUGCAACAAUGCAUAUUCUGGAAGUACAAGUGGCAUUAUAAUUAAUUUAUUGUAUUGGAAGUUUUGUAAUAACAUAUAAUAGAGGUGAGAAGAAAAGGUCUUGAUUAUAUUUAGGUAAAUUUCCAACGCAACAAAUAAAAAUUUUUUUUUAUGCAAUAUGUAUGUUAAUGAAUUUCAAGCAAAGUAUUAUUUAAAAAAAAUUUUAUUUACAAAAUAAAGAUUAGAUA